AUGAAUUGUCCUCACCCUGACUCGGUCAUACCGCCUGGCACACAUUGUGUCAACCUCGAAAGUCGCCAGUGCUCCGACCCAAAGCACUUUCAUCUACAUUACGAGCCUGCGGCCAAUCUCCGAAAAACCAAGCAAACUCCAAAGGGUCGUGGUGGUCUCUACGGGCUUGGAAAGCACGGGGAGGAAAGGUACUGCGUAGGGUGCCUCGAGAAAAUGCUUGAAGAGCAUCGUCGACGCCUGCAACGCAAAGACCCCCAGGCCGUAUUUCUACCGGGUCAUCCAAUCUUUGAGAUCGCCUACUGGAUCAUUGGCGACCAGCGUGUCAUCCCGAGUCGCGGUGGAAGAUUCACAUUGAGAUCGUUCAAGAUCUACGGCCUCGAGCUUUGGAAAGCGCGGUGGCUAUGGAAUUGUUGUGACGCCAAUCCCGACUACGUCUUGACACAGACCCCUGGUCGGACAGUUAUGAUCCAACACUUGCCUGGGCGGUACCCUAAAGCCAUCUACCUUCAGCCAGAAGACAAAGAUUACAGGGGUUUGUUCGAUGACAAUACCGUUGGCGAGAUCUCGAGCGAUGAGGUGGAUCAUUGCAGCCUUACUGAGGUGCUGGGCAAGCUGGAUGCUUGUGCAGUGGCCCAUGAGAGGCUAAAAGCCCAACUAAGCGCUGCCCGAAAGCUCGCGGAAAAGUCUGCGGCGGAUGCAAGAAGAGCCGAGUGUCAUCGCAAGAUAAAUGAGAGAGCAGACAGGCAAAGGCAGUGGGAAGAGAUCGAGAAAGCGAGCAUCAUCUACAAGCCUCGACCUAGAACGGUGCCAGUCGUGCGGUGCUCGACGCCUACACCCGCGCCAAAGAGCCCAAGGAAGGCUCCAGUCGUUGGGGACGAUAUCAUACGAAAGUCCUCCCUCGUGGCUUCAGACGCCCUCCUCUUUAGCCAGAACUGUGAGAUUGGGGCCACAUUAUCGGCAAAAAGCGCUACAGCAAUCCCAAGCACUGGCCAGAGGCGUCAUGAUAUCCAACGCAUCGAGAUGGCUACAGACGUUCCAGCCACGAACGAGCAUCUUGCAAGGGGCACUGCAGAUGGCAACAGGCCCCUCAGUAUCAUGACAGCCGGGCUUACUAUUCACGGAACUGUACGCCCUCCAAUUUCAAAAUCCGCCCGAACAAGCCCGAAAGGCAAUCAAAAAGGCGAUUUGGUCACUGAUGGCGUGGAUGAUGUUGUUCUUGAAGGCCGAGGAAAGCCUGGAAGCAAAGCAAUCGACCCUUUCGAAGAGGCAGACAUGGGAGACAGUGUCGAUAUACGGCCCAGAGAACAGUCCGAAGGGAGUGGUGAAUACUCUGAAGAUGACAAGAAGCCAUUCGAUACCGCCACAGCUUGUUCUACUAGCCUCGAAAAACUGCUUCCUGCAACGCUCGAAAACGCCUGA